AUGGACCCAACUCGGUCUGUUUACCCGAUGUUUGACCGAGCUCCUUCGCCGGCAACUUUGGACAACCUUAUCCCUCGUCCACUCCUUUUCACCCCUGCCGAACUAAUAGCCUGGAUUCUGACGCUUCGUCACCGAAUGCUAGCAUUGUACUGGUGGAUCAGGGGUUUCGGCCGGCUCUUUUUACGUCGGUUAUACACAAACAAACAUGUCCUCUCAGAUGACACGCAUUGA